AUGACGUCACGCAACACGGGUAGAGGUAAGACUGCUCAAUCUCUACAGCCUUCUGGAAUAGGUGACGGGAAUUCGGUUACGAAACGCUCCCGUGAGGAUCUAGAUCAAGUAGGCGAACAAGACCAGGCCCUGACGCUUGACAAUAUAAUGAAUCGUAUGCAGAUGCUUUUCGAAGAGACCAACAGGAAAAUCGAUCGCUAUCAGGGUGAGCUGCGCAAAGAUAUCGAUACUCUACGCUGCGAAGUGCAACAAUUCAAGAAUGACUGCCGUGAUGAAGUAAACAAACUAGCUGCUUCUGUUUCCACUGUGCGUACCGAUGUGUGUCUCAACAAAGAACGCAUGGCAGUAAACGAAAAGGCAACUGAUCUGCUGCUUUCGGGAGUGCCCUACAAUCCUACUGAAAACUUGGAUAGUUUUAUUAUGGCUGUUUCGAAUGCGCUGGGGUACACUGAGCAGGAAAUACCGUUGAUUUAUGCGAAACGUUUGGCCCGAUUACCUAAACAGGUUGGUUCAACUCCUCCCAUCAUCAUGCAAUUUGCAUUCAAGAUUGCUCGUGAGGACUUCUAUCGGCGCUAUCUGUCAUCGAGAAACCUUUCGUUGUUGCAUCUGGGAUUUAGCGUAAAUCAGCGGAUCUAUAUCAAUGAGAGUUUGACUGAGCUAGGACGGAAAAUAAAAGCUGAAGCAUUGAAGCUAAAACGAGAUGGGAAACUACAUGCAGUAUUUACUAGAGGUGGAAGUGUUUACGUAAAGACUGCAAUGGAUGCCGAGGCCGUACCCGCUCAUCGGUUGGACCUGCUACCGAAAUAA